UCCCCACCCAACACACAUACUACUCCCACUGUGUUUAUUCGCUCACAAGAUUCCACAACCUCACUGGCGGCCCUUCGCUACAAACCCCGAAGGUCGACUGAACUUCUCGCCUUGCCUGCGUCUGUUACCAGUGAUUCGCCAGAUGGUUUCUACAAUGGAUUACACGAGGUUCCUGUCUGACGUGGCCAAGGGGCGCCAAGCCACUAUUCUGAGAGACCUUUUCAAGCUUCAACUCCAAGAUGAAGAGGAUUGGAUCUACCUUAUUGGCGGUCUCCCCAACGCAGCUUAUUUCCCCUUUACAUCCGGGACUCUCAAGAUGGCCGACGGUGACGCGCUAGAGAUAACACCUCCUCUUAUGGUUGACUCCUUGCAAUACGGCAAUACUAUCGGAUAUUCCCCACUCCUGAAGCAGCUGACCUCCCUGACGCAGCGGCUGCACGACCCCCCCUGCUGGCACCACCGCGACCUGAUGAUGACGAUGGGCUCCCAGGACGGCUUGGACAAGGCCUUCAACAUGCUCGUCAACCCGGGGGACUUCGUGCUGGUGGAGGAGCCGUGCUACAGCGCCGUCAUCUCGUCGCUGUUACCGUACCAGGUGAGGUUCCUCCCAGUCGAGACGGACGCUGAAGGGAUGAAGCCUGAAGCCCUUAGAGCCGUUCUGUCGCGCUGGAACCCUCAGGAGGCGCGAGAAGCCACCAAGGAUUUCCCGAAGUUCCUGUACACCAACCCGACCGGCGCCAACCCGUCUGGAGGAGUCCUGGGCGAGGCGAGGCGGAGGGAGAUCUACGCCAUCGCCUGCGAGUACAACUUCCUCAUUCUGGAGGACGAUCCCUACUACCUCCAGGUCUAUCUCGAGAAUCCUCCGCCUAGUUUCUUGAAGCUAGACGCCGAGUGUCGAGUCCUCAGGUUCGACUCCUUCUCGAAGACGCUGGGAGGCGGUCUGAGGGUCGGGUACACAACAGGUGCCAAGGCGCUGGUUGACAAGAUGAUGUUACAUGCCCAGGUCUCGAAUCAGUGCGUUUCGCUAAUGUCUCAGGUGGUCGUGAGCGAACUCCUUCGGAAAUGGGGCGAGGAUGGCUUCCUCAAACACUCGCACAACAUCACGCUUUUCUACAAACAACAGAGAGACGCCAUUGUAGCCUCUGCGGAGAAAUAUCUAAAAGGAUUAUGCGAGUGGGCUGUUCCUGCUGGCGGCCUUUUCCUCUGGCUCAAGGUCACGUGCCUUAAGGAUACGACGGGGAUGCUUCUUGAACGGGCCAAGAAGAGGAAGCUGGUCCUUGUGCCCGGAAACGCCUUCAUGACAGACCCCGCCAAGCCGUGUCCAUUCAUAAGGGUGUCCUUCUCCUUCAACACCAUUCACAUGUUGGACGAGGCUAUGAAAAGACUGGCAGACCUUAUAAGGGACGAAAUGGAGUUCAACGCUUCUACUGGAAAUAAAUCCUCGUAAGAAUACAACUCAUACUCCGGUAUACGCAUAUAUUCCGUACCUAUAACUACGAAUGCUUGUUGGAGGAAAUAUAAAAAGUUAUAGUGAUU